AUGAAGCGCUUCAGUCAACGUGUGCUGUCGCGCGGCAAGGACCCUAGCAAAUCAUCCAAGAAGAACAAGGAUUCCAAAGACGGCACGGCGUCCCCAUCUUCACGCGACGGCAACAACCAAUCCCCGAACCUGACGCCCUCCUCAUCGAACUCGAAUCUUACCGACGGCCGCAACAAGAACGCGCCCGGAGGCGCCGCGGGCGCUGGAGCGGACCACGCUGCUGGUCAGCCUUCCAACCUGUCUAAUGUAGUCCAGUCGGGGAGCGUGUCGGAUCGCUUUGGCCCAUCCGGCGGUGCCAACAGCCCUAAUGGUGGCAGCGCAAACUCGAGGAUGCCCCCGUCCGUGGUUGUCAGUCAAACGCCCGGGCACGUCCCUCCGCCAGGUGCCGCAGAGACCAUGCCAACAGAUCUUGCCCCGCCCAAGGCAGGCCAGAAAUCGAUGCUGCUACACCGAGGCAUCGACAACCGCGAUGCGAUCCCUGAGGGUCUACGAACGCCGAAACGACAGCAUUCGUCUCGCUUCGACAUCUCGGCCCAUCGCGAACUCGAAAAGCUACCAGGAUUUCAUGAAGUGCCGCCCAACCGCCGCCAAGAGCUCUUCAUGCAAAAGAUCGAUCAGUGCAAUGUCAUCUUUGACUUUAACGAUGCCAGUGGUGAUAUGAAGUCGAAAGAGAUCAAACGCCUGGCGCUUCACGAGCUUCUCGACUAUGUCGCCAACAACAGACAGGUCAUUACAGAGCCCAUGUACCCUCGAGUCGUGGACAUGUUCUCUAAGAACUUGUUCCGACCCAUUCCGCCGCCGAUUAACCCCCAAGGCGAAGCUUUUGACCCUGAAGAGGACGAGCCUGUGCUCGAAGUCGCUUGGCCGCACAUCCAGGUAGUCUAUGAGUUCUUCCUGCGGUUCAUUGAAAGCCAGGACUUCAACACCAACAUUGCGAAAGCCUACAUCGACCACAGCUUUGUGUUGCAGCUGCUGGAGCUCUUCGAUUCCGAGGAUCCCCGCGAACGCGACUUCCUCAAGACGACGCUUCAUCGCAUAUAUGGAAAGUUCCUCAAUCUGAGGUCCUUUAUCCGUCGCUCGAUCAACAACGUAUUCUUCCAGUUCACGUACGAGACAGAGAGAUUCAAUGGCAUCGCCGAGCUCCUGGAGAUCCUCGGCUCCAUUAUCAACGGUUUUGCACUGCCACUCAAAGAGGAGCACAAGAUCUUCCUAACCCGGGUUCUGCUUCCGUUGCACAAGCCCAAGAGUUUGAGCAUGUAUCACCCGCAACUGGCGUACUGCAUCGUCCAGUUCCUGGAGAAAGAUGCAUCUCUAACCGAAGAUGUCGUUCUGGGUCUUCUGCGCUAUUGGCCAAAGGUCAAUAGCACCAAGGAAGUUAUGUACUUGAACGAAGUCGAGGACAUCUUCGAGGUCAUGGAUCCGGCUGAAUUUGCCAAAGUGCAAGAACCGCUUUUCCAUCAGCUCGCCAAAUCCGUUGCCAGCCCCCACUUCCAAGUCGCUGAGCGUGCUCUGUACUUCUGGAACAAUGAGUACUUCUGCAACCUGGUCAGCGAUAACGUAGAGAUCAUUCUCCCGAUCAUGUUCGCCCCUCUCUACGAAAACUCAAAAGGACACUGGAACAGGACAAUCCAUGGUAUGGUAUAUAAUGCCAUGAAACUUUUCAUGGAGAUCAACCCCCAGUUGUUCGACGACUGCUCGCAUGAGUACACAGAGCAGCAGAACAGCGCUGCUGCUCGAGAAGCCAUGCGUGAGCGAAAAUGGGCCGCUCUGGCCGAGAGGGCUGAGCAACAGAGAGAGAUCAACGGCACUGGUCGCGCGCAAGGAGGGAACUUGGCUCGAGUAGAGGAAGUCGACCCUGCAGCCGAAGAGAACCAGAAGCGCCUCGACUCACUCAACCUCCAGGAUAAUCCUGGCCGCCGCCCAGCGCACGAGCGACAGGGCUCGGCAGCAUCAGCCGGGAGCAGAUGA